UGACCGAAGAUGACACGUGCGUCAUGAGCUGUGACUAUUUUUCCAUUUUGGUAAGAGUUAGAUGGAUUGGAUAUAGACUACAUUAAUUACAGUUCUUUUCCGCGGAUGCCAGGCUCUCCCAAGGUACCAAUUACUCAAGGUGUUACCGCAGUCGCGAAAGAGGCCUUUUGGAAGGGCGCAAACUACGAUGACAUCGAUUUGCCAAACCAGGCAAACACUGCACUUGCAAAGCUCACGAUGAAACAUUAUGGAACAGAUCCGUGACUACCUAGAGGCUCAGGAGAGGCUCCUCCACCUGUCAAAUUUAUCAAACAAACAAUCAUUGUUCAAUUUCUCGGGAGCCAACGCGAUUCUACGAGAGUUCCAAAACAACCUAUCGGCAGUUCACGACCCAAAAGCACGCAUUUUGACCGCCCUCUAUAUUCCAACAUUCAUAUUAGCGUUUUGUGGAAAUCUGUUGACAAUUUAUGUUAUUCUGAAACAUCGGGAGUUGAGGAAAGUAAAAAACGUCUUCCUAGUAAACUUGGCAUUUGCUGAUAUUGCCGUAACGAUUGUGUGCAUGCCGCCACAGGUUGGGAUGACUCUAUAUCGACUGUGGAUUUACGGGGAAUGGCUCUGUAAACUAUCUGCUUAUCUUCAAGGUGUGUCGGUGACGGCAAGCGUCUUCACCCUGUCCGUGAUGAGUAUAGACCGAUUCCUGGCGGCCAAACAACCACGUCACAUCCGGCGGUUGACAACAUGGCGAAGUGCGGCAAAGACACUUGUUGUAAUCUGGGGCCUACCAUGUAUAUUCAUUGGGCCAGUGCUAUACGUUCGGACAGUAAAAAGUGUCGAACUCCCAAUGGUGACGGCAAAGUUCUGUGUAGAGGACUGGGCGGAGCCUUCCCAUCGCGUAAUCUAUGUGAUAUUCCUACUUAUUGUUACAUACGCUUUACCUAGUGUUGCAGUUGGUUGCAGCUACCUAAUGAUAGGCCACUACGUCAUAUCCGCCGACAAACGCCAGACUAAUCCGACUUGGAAAAAUAUAAGCAGGCGCGUUGUGCGCAUGCUCGUAGUUCUUGUAAUGGCAUUCAUUAUCUGCUGGUUGCCAUACAAUAUUAACUCUUUAACGGUUGAUAUUGUUCAAAACAAUCUUGGACUGCAAAUCUUACCAUUCACGCUUUGGUUGGGCCAUACACACAGCGCAGCAGAUCCCAUUAUUUAUUACUCAUUGCACAAAAACCUUCGGUUUUACAUGCGAGACACGCUAACAUCUGGAUGCCGCAACAGCUGCGAGAAAAAAAACAACAGCAACAACUGCACGCCAGUCCCUUUGCGGUGACCGAAAUGUACAUGACAACAGAAAUCCCGAUAUUUAUAUCUAUUGAUAUCAGUGAUUGUCUGUGUCGCGCCCAUCCGGAUAUGAACAUGAUGGAUGGUGUCAUACUAAUAUUUCUUUUCAUUUGUAUUCAGAUUCGCGUUUUACCCUCUCUAGCUUGCAAUGUAGUAGAGUAUUUUAGAUAUUUUUUACUUAUUUUCUUCAGACUCGCAGUCUUUAUAGUUCCCAAGUUCCACGAGUCAGGCGUUCGCUCUGCAGCUAGUGUAUAGAGUCCGAUUAUGCAUUAUUGGGUUCCCCUCAGGCCUCGUUCCCAUUUAUUGGUUUUCUAAUAAAAUUAUAUAAGGUACACGUCGACUAUAUAUCGUUUGCUGAUGAUCACAAAGAAGCAAGCAAAAACUUAUUCAUGAGAUUACUGACAAAUCACAACCUCCGUAUGGUCAUGAUGGAAGAUAUUCACUCCGUAUAGGUGCAUAUCCGCAUGGGUAUGGGCAGGAUCCAUAUGUGAGAUAUUCACUCCGUAUCGGUGCAUACCCGCAUGGGCGCCGUACAAUCGUUUGUUUUGUUUACGACAAGCGCAGUUCUGCUACUGAGAGCAGACGUGUGAUAUAUGGAAACACUUGUAAAUACUACUAGUAAAUUGGCAAACUUUGCCAUUCCUGCGUGUCGUUGGUUGAAAUGGAUACACGCAAACGAAUCUGUCUUCUGAGUAAACAUUGUUUGUUGAUCAACUUUAUACGACUUAACUGUUGAUACUUGUACUGUACUGGUCUCGCAUAAUCCCCCUUUCCUAAGCGAUUCCACUGACGAUGAGUAGUCAUUACGAAUUGGGCGUAAGGGGAGUCAUCUUCGCAUAAUGAAAUACAUUGGCAUAAAUACACCAUGUUUCUCGUUUUCAUACGCGCCGCCAUCAUCAUCACCAGUGCGUCUUAUACCGUCAUCUGCAUCCACAAUGAUUUAAGCGUGACAAGCAUGAUCCUCAUCAUCACUGUCAUCGAUCGUCAUCGUCAUCAGCACCGUUAGAUAUUUGAUCAUCAUCACACGAUACUGCGUCUCACCCGUCAUAUCAGGCAAUGAUCCCCAAUAUGCGAGU